CAUGUGACCAGAGACACGGCUCUAUUUAUAACAGAGCGAGACAGAGGCCCCGCAUUCCCGCAUACAAGGGCAGUGCGAACGCUGUGGACAGCGCCAUGCCAACCUUGGGCAAUGUUCAAGUAUUUGGGAAAUAUUAUUUACACCUAAAGAUGCUGAAUCAUGCUGUGUAAACUCCCUUGUCAUGGAUGACUUAGAGCACAGUGUUGUAAUAGCAGAGCGAGACUGGGAGAGUUUCUAUGAGGAGAGUGAGGAGUGCUCUAUUCAACAGGCAUGGCUUGCAAGCCUGGAUGAUUCAGGCUUCAGUGACACUGAUGAUGAGAAAAAUUCCACCCAAGGGUCUGUUUUAGAUCUCCAGACCAACCCUGACAAACCAAAUAAGGAGCCUGAGGCUGCAGCACUGACACAGAGUGAAACUGAUGACCAUAACGCUGAAAACACCUCAGAAGAACCUGAAUGCUUAAGUUAUAAGACGGACAACGAGAGAUCUAUUGAGCAAACUGCAGAGAUCAGUCUGUAUGAUGUUUCAACAGCAUGUGCAUGCUUGACCUCUGAUAGCAGUGUUAAUGAUGCCAAUUUCAAUGAUCAGCAACAUAUUGCCUCAGAUAUAAAGGAUUUCAGAGAGCAUAAUGAAAGCUGCAGUGAGCAUAAAUCAUGUCAAGCCAUUGGAGAGCCAAUCACAUCUUUCCCAUGUAUUCAGGAUGCCAGGCAUUUUGGCAGCUCAGAAGAAGAAACAGUUUUGAAGGUUUCAGAAAGUUCAGCAACUCCAAAAAAAGAGAAAGAACGGUGGUUUGUCACAGUAAACGACAGUCCGGUAAUGCUAAGAGUAAAGUCUGGCCAAAAAAAAGGAAGAAAAAAAAAAACCUCUAGGAAGCUUUUCCAACAGAUCAUAGUAACAGAAAGACAGUGCUCUAUCUCAAAUAAUAAGAAGGAAGAAGAAGGAGAAGUAACGAAAAAUGAACAAAUAUUACAGAAUGAAUUUAUGCAACCUGUGCAAACAUGUUCUGAAAGUAUUUACUUUAGUCCAUGUCCUAAUCAUUUUUGUGAGGAGGUUAUUUUAAGUUCAUGCAAUGACCAUGAGGUAGUUUUAUCUCCCAUGAAAGAGCCUGAAAAGGAGGCCUUUGAAAAACACUCUAUUCCAAAAAUUAACUGCACCUCAGAAGCAUCAUCAUUUAUUGCUGAAGAGGAAAAUAUACAUUGUGGUUUUAGUUUUAAAUGCAAAGACAAUUCAGAUGUUCCUACAGAAACCUUAGAAAACAAUCCUCACCCUUCUGUGAAUUCUCCUUCCCUAUUAGUUCCCACAGAUAGUGCACAAUUACAAACUGAUGGUCUAGUAAAUGACCAAAGCAUAGCCAACGAACCCAAAAGUAACACACACGUCACCACUCCAGAUCACCCAAUGACCAACAAUUUAAGCCAUAUAGGUUAUGAAGACACUCAAGACAAUGGCUCUAGAUUCAUUCUGGAGGCGUGUUCAACAACUACUCCUUUAGAAAAGCUAGAAGAGCAAGAGCAGCUAACACAAAUGCAGGAAGAAUUGAAACAGCCCUCCCAGGAGACACAGAAUCAGAGAUCACAAAAGGAAAGUCUUGAAGCAGCUGUAGGUCCAAAUUGCCCAAUAUAUGCUCUUUCAUCUUUUUGGGAUGAAAUGGAGAAGUUGACAAUAAAUGAUAUUUUACAUCUUAAAUCAGCUCAUAACAUGUCUCCUAUGAGCGGAAGUGUAAUUGCUCAGGAGAGUGAAGCCCAUCUUGAAGACAAAGGUCUGCUGACUUCUAAACAUGAUAGCGUACAAGAAAGUGGCUUGAUGGAUGACUUUGCAGACUCUGACUAUUUCACGCAUGUAGAUGAGUCUAAACUAGACCGUUCAAGUUGUGAACUCUCUACUCUCUCUGAUUAUGAUGAGGAGUUUCUACAAAUACUUAACAGAAGUGGAAACCCUAGUCCUGAGCCUCAAUAUGUCAAAGAACAGACUGAAAAUUUUAAGUCUGCAUACAUCCCAGGCCAUGAAUUCGAUCCAAAUAAUGAAAGUGAAUCUCUAGACAUUAUAAAACUGAGUCAUCAGGAUGGAAUCGCACAUUAUUUGUAUCCAGCUAUAGAGGUACAAAGCUUACUUCUUACAUCUAGUCAAGACAUUAAUCUGAAUCCUUUUGAACUGGAAGUCAUCAGGAAAACACCUGUUUUAUCAUUUGGCAAUACAGCAGAUAAUGAAUCCAUGUUAACCGUUUCUGAGAUUUUGACUGAAGACAUUAAUGGAGCUGGUUCCUCAGACAGACUCAGCAGCACUGUUGUCUCAUUUCCAUUCACACAGAACUUGUCUGUAUGUGAGAUGUAUGAUGAUUUCUUCUCAGACUUUGAGAUUGGGAAUUUUCUCUUUCCUUCAACCCAAGAUAAGACUAUUCCCAUCUUCUGUGCCUCACGCUCAGUGGUGAGAGAUUUGGUAUUCCCUGAGGUGGAGGAACUCGAUUUUGACCCAGAUUUUGAAGAAGAUAAUAUGCCAAUAAGGGACACGACUUGCUUCAGCAUCCAGCCGGAAAUGUCUCCUAGUCCCUCAGAAAUGCCAAACCUGUGCUUUUCAAUGAUCCAAAGAGGAAACUGGAGUAGUCUUUUCUCUCUGAGAAGAAUCAGAUUUAUAGGAAAGGGGAGCACCUGGAACCAGAAAAUCAGCUCUUGGAUUUUCCCAAAAGAAGCAAAAAAGGCAACAUCACAUGUCUCAAGAGCUCAACAAAUAGCACCACUGAUGCAAGUGGGGAACAAAUCCCUCCUACAACUGGCAGAGCCGCAGAAACAUGCUGUACUUAUUUCAAAAAAAGAAGACUUUGUCUUUUCUAUAAAUCAAGCAGAUAUGUGCUUGGUUUGUAUUGCCUUUGCUUCCUGGGUAUUAAAAUCCUAUAAUUCACAGUCUACAGACAUGUGGAAAACAGCUCUCCUGGCAAACGUAAGUGCAAUCUCAGCCAUCCAGUACUUGCGGAAAUAUGGAAAAGGACACAGCUGAGGAUGAUCCAUGAUGUCCUUCCAAAAAAGUUCUCAGAAGGGGCCAGUUAAAAAACAAAAAAAAACAACAAAAAAAAAAAAACAGGGUUCAUUUUGCACAAAUUUAAACCAGGUACAAUGUAAAUACACAACGCAUGUGUCAGCCGCUAGGUUUUAUUUCGUAUGCUGUACUUUAGUUUAUCAGUAGUUUGCCAUUUUUGAGAUGAUAGCAAACAAGAUAUAAUAAAUCCAUUGUUUUCUACCAUUCAAUUUAUUGUUAAAGUAGCAUUUAUUCAGAAAGAGAAGAUAGGUUGAUAUGGACCAGAAGAGCACUAGAAGGUUUGUGUCAGAAAUAUUUUUUCAGAAAUAAGAUGUGCUGAGCAUAAGUACGUUGUGUAUAUACUUGUGAGUAACAGAUUUUUGUUUAGUGCACUAAUAAUAAUAAUAAUAAGAAACAGAGAAUAUUCCCAGAGAACAUUUUGGUUUAAUAGUCUGGACUUUUUACUAUUGCAGGCUGAAAUAGUUUCUUGUCAGUUGAUCUUCUGUUCUUCCUGCUUGGCCAGGAAACAUUUGAAUAUGUCCUUCUCUUGUUGCUUUUCUCUACAGUCAUUUCAAACAUUUAGAAAGAUUGCACGUCUGUUCUGAGUUUUUAUUUUUCUAAACAUGGUGGCUAUUGCUGCAGUCAUAGGGAGUAACUGGGUGGUGAUUUUUUUUUAAAUAAACAAUUCUCAGUCAGAAUUAUUUCAGACAUUUUUGAAAUUAUUCUGACAAAUUUCUGUCAUGUAAAUUAUUAACGUUUAAAAUAGCAUUUGAUUCUGAAACUACAAGCUUCAACACCAAUUUAGCCCAAUUACAUAAUAUUCAACUGGAUGCAGUAUUAGUAAAAUUCAUGAAGUGCAAAAUCAUGUAAAAGAAAAAAAAAAAAAAGAAGACAUUUGUCUUUUUAAUCAUCAGUAAUAAUUUGUUAAAGGGUGUUAAAGGAUGGAAAACUUCACCCUGAAACACAAAUAUGUUUAUAUUUAAAUAUUUGUGAUGUGUUUAAUGAUUGUAGUGCUAAUUUGUCGGUUGCUGCUGUAUUUUCUUUACUCUCGUGAGUUGUCUGCGCUCUGAUGGUGCUGAACAGGAGAAAAUCUUUCAACAAUCUCAAGCAAAAUCUAAAAAGAGCUUCUUUUCUCACUCACCAUUUUCACUCACCAUUGACUUUCAAUGCCAUAUUAAUGAAAAAUCCAACGCAGACAAACUCAACACAAUGGAGUUGACGGCAGUGUUGGCAUGAAAGCUGAAGCUAUGAAACCUGUUUGAGCAGAGUGUACAGAUGAGGAGGUGAGAGAGCUGGACAGACUAAAGGACUAAAGUGCUGCUGCAUCGCUCUCUUUAGGUAGAGAUGAAGCGAGAUGUUUCUAUCAGCAGGUAGUCAAACUGUAUUGUGAGUAAUUUAGGAAACUGUUAACCGAAGUGAACAAAGACUGACAUGUAGAUGAAAUGUUUAAUUUCGUUAGAAAAUAAAUCAUGGAUGCCGCUGAAGAUCAUGUGUUAAUUAUACAGAUGAAUAUACUAAUUAUAAUUAUAAUAUUAAUAUCCAAGUUGUUCAGGGUGGAUUUUUUUUCUUUAAAAGGAGAGUGUACAUGUAAUGAUGUGUACUAUCACACAAUGUUAUAUUUUUAAUCAAACCAUUCAUACAUUUAAUACACACUUCAUAAAAGGUUACUUUCAGUAUUCACUGGUUUAUUGUAGAAAAUACUGUGUUUUUGGCUGUUGCGUAAAGAAAAAGUUUUCACAUCAGUAGUUUUCGAGUAAUGUGGUUAAUAGCUCUAACUGAUGUCCAUUUGAGCACAAAUAAUGACACUCCACUAGUGGUCACAGCUAGCUUUAUAUUGUUACUUAGACAUAAUACUUUAUCCAGAGAUAUAUGACAUGGUGUCAAUUAAUUACUUAUUUGUUAUUAAUACAGUUUCAUUUGUAUUGCAAUAAACAGUCCAAAAACUA